AUGUUUGCGUCAUCUGUUGGAAAACUGGCGCACUUAGUUGCAUUUCUUUCGCUAUUAGUGCGAUGUCGCUCGGAAUACGUUCCAGGGAAGAUCAAUGGUGAAGUCGUGAUUUUGGACACCAAGUCAUUCCCAGAAGCAAUCAAGGAUCCUUCCAAUCCUUUGUGGCUGCUCAAAUUCUACGCUCCCUGGUGUGGGCAUUGUAAGAAAAUUGCUCCUGUUCUCGAGAAGGCCUCCCUUCAGGUGAAAGGGCAAAUGGCCAUCGGCAAGAUUGACUGUACAACGGAGAAGGGACUUUGCAAUGAAUACAAGGUCCGUGGUUAUCCUACAUUAAAAUAUUCGAUUGAUGGUGAAAUCGAUGAUUAUCCUUUGGGUCGUGAUCAGGCUUCCAUCGUCAAAUUCGCCAGAAAGAUGAGUGCUCCACCACUACAGAUUGUCGCAAGUUACGAGGAGGCUAUGGAAUAUGCGACAGCAAAAGCAGAAGAUGGUGUCAUUUUUCUUGGAUACGACCCUACCAACAAGCCAGACGAAGUUCCAUCCGGGUUUUACCAAGUGUUCUCCAAGGUUGCGAGGAGAAAGCAAGCUUCAGGCCACUUUCUUUGGCUGGAACCAUCGGACCCUGAAAGCAUCAAGACUCCUGCUAUUGUGAAGCGCAUUGAACCCGAUGUCAAAGUUCGUUUCCUAGAAAAUGUUGAAUCUUUGACCGCUGAAGCGUUGGCAGAAUGGUUCACCGAACAGAGUCUUCCUCUGGUAAAUAUGUUGGGACCCGACAACUUCCAAAAGGUUAGCAAGAUGGGACGUCCAUUGGCCAUUGCUGUUGCGGAUACCGAAGAUACAGAACAAGUGAAGGCUCUGAAGGAACACAUGUUGAAAUAUAUAACUAGCUCCGAAAACGAUAAGUACUACUACGGAAUUAUGGAUGGGAAGAAGUUCAUUCGCUUUCUGGGACAGUUCAAUGUGGGAGAGGAACACAUUCCUCAAUUCCUGGUGUUGGAUGGUCCAACGAAGACGUUUUGGCAGAACGAAACGUAUUCAAAUCUAUUUGAAUUCAUCAAAGCCAUUGACGACGGAGAGAUCCAGUCUGAAACGGCUUCCCGCACUUCAAGAAAGGGAGUCUUGGGCAAGUUGGAGCACUACUUCAUCUCCUACUUCCCAUACAGCCUUGUUGCUCUUCUCCUGACAGUAUUUGGGUUUGUGUGGAUGUUGGUGCCAGCAUUUGAAGAGGACCCGUACUCACAAAGCGCCCUUGAGGAAAUGAUGGAGGAAAUGGAGGGAACCAACCAGCCGGAAGGGGAUGAAGGAGAGGAAACCAAAAAGAAAAAGUAG